GCAAAAUAAUCCCAAGUUCCGGUUAGGAUUCUACCUUCACACGUUUUAUACUGAAUCCCUAAUAAAUUAGACGCUCAUAUUAAAAAACGUAUUCCGAUACUGAAGGCAGGAUUGUACUAUAUUGUCUGAGCCUUUAUUAAGGCAUGUCGCAUAAGCCAAACAUUGAAACUGCAAAUAAUACAUCAUGGACCAGCUGUGGUGUUUGUGAAAACAAAUCGACUUUUUUUAAGGCUCCUCAAGAAUUUAUCAGACAUUUACGAAAUUACCAUUCAAAAAAGGAAGGGGGUUCCUACGUAUGUCAAUAUUCCAAGAAUGGUGUAUGCGGAACGUUACCUAUCGAAGGGGUUAAUGAUGAUGACUAUCAAAUUCAUAUAAUAAAACAUCAUUUAGGAGCCAUGCUAGACCCUAAGGAUAUUUCAAUUACAGACGUACUAUCAAAAAGCCAUACCAGUCCUACUACACAAAGUACUCCAAGUGUGGUAGAAGAUCAACGAAAAUGGACAGUGUACAAUUCAAAAGUGAACUUACCUGCUGCGCUAAAUGACCCAAGAGUAGGUCGUAGGGAAAGAGAUAUUUUUAGUAAAACAUGGGGACCAGGAUUUGAAUCUACUGAUGUUGCUCCAUCACCUCAUUUACCGGUGAUCACUGCCGUUCAUUUUCAAAAAUAUUUAAAGAAAACAGAUAAUAAAUAUAAAAAACAUUUAAAAUUGAAAGAAGCCAAUAUGAGAAAUGACGAAUUAAGCGACGAAGAGUCACCGUUGGCCCUAUUAAAACCUAAUGUUCGCCCAAGAGUUGAUUUAGAAGGCAUUCCUCCAAUCUUUCUUAAAUCAAAUUUCGAUCUUGAAAAUUCAGAAACGUUUAAUUCCGUCUUCCCAUGGAGUCAAGUUACAAGUGGAGCUAGACUCUUGCAAGAAAAGUUAACGCAUUACUUGGAUUGUGUUGAAGUUCAAAUAGCCAAGCAAAUAUCUGCAAAAGCUGACGCGUUUUUUCACGCUAUGUCAUCACAUGACCAACUGCAAGAAGAUAUGAAAACAACAUUGAAUAAAAUCAAGUCUUUAAGAACAAAAAUUAGCGAUUUAAAUAGUUUAUUUGCUGAAAAACCAUUGGCUAUUAUGAAAUAUAAUAGAAUUAGAACGAAUAGGGCAGUUGUUCUUGAUAAGCUGAAGUUAAUGGCUACUGUACAUCAAACUCAACCAACUAUUCAAGUACUAUUGGCUUCAAGCGAUUAUAUAGGAGCAUUAGACUUAAUUUAUACAACGCAAGAAGUCUUAUCUCAAGAACUACGUGGAAUCUAUAGUUUUAGACAUCUAGGCUCUCAACUAUCCGAAUUAGCUAAAGUAAUUGAAAAGAUGAUGAAACAGGAGUUUGUUAAAAUAGCAUCAAACGAUCUUAAUAAACCAUUAAAUGAAUCUGAGGAUAUCGAACAAGAGCAUCUUAUUGCUGUUUUAUCUGGUAUGGUUAGAGUUGAUAAUUAUGAUUGGAUUACUACUUACGCCGACGAAGCUGAAGUUGCCAUAAAGGCUUUGUUAAAGGAUAUUAUUGUUAAAGCCGUCUCUCAUAUUGACGAUAGCGACAAUGAGUUAGGAUCAUUAGCCGAUCAGAUGAGACUUUUAGACUAUGAAAGAUGGAUGGAUUUACUUGAUGUUGUACUAGAAAAAAUGUUAUCAAUGCUUAAACGAAUUAAGAUAAUUAGUGAUAUUAUGAAAGACGUAUGCAAAACGGCUUGUACUAAUACUCCGAGGAAGAUUAACGUCUCAUGCGAAUUAGACGCGUCCAUAAAUCAGACGGAAACUGAAGAUGUAGAUGACAAAAUCAAUACUAUGUUCUAUACUAUUGCCGAAUGUGCGCAUGAUCGGGUCGGUAAAUUAGUAACGGCUAGGGCUAAAAAUGGAUUUUUAGAAAAGCUUCAGCCGUCUGAAUUAGUUGAGUUGUGGGAGAAAGUUCAAGUUUGGAUGAGAAGUUCAGCCAAACUGGUUGAAUCGGAAAGGAAAACGGGUAUAGCACUUAGUGCUAGUAUGAAAGCCCAAGCUACUAGCUAUAUAAACAAGGUCCAUGAUGAAAAAAGAACCAAAUUGUCCCUGAUACUUGACAAUGAACAUUGGAAACAAGCCGAAGUUCCUCUUCAAUUUCAAUUACUCAUAGAUCAUGUGAUAAGUAGUGGUACACUGACUAGAGAAGGUUUACCUCAAACGAAAAAUUCUGUUGAAGAAACGAAACCGGUCCUAAAAGUAGCUAACGAAGAAUAUGGCGUUGUUGGGACGGUGCUUUUGUUAUUUAAAAUAGUAAUUGAAUAUUGCGAAUUGGCUAAAGUUGUUAAGGCCGUAUCGUCGGAUAUUUCUAUAAGACUAUUGGAAUUAUUAAAUAUGUACAAUUCAAGAACUUGUCAACUCGUACUUGGUGCUGGAGCCGUCCAAUUAGUUGGGUUGAAAACAAUAUCCACUAGACAUUUGGCUCUAAACUCCAGAUGCUUACAGUUUAUAGUUUUUCUUCUUCCUUUAAUAAGACGACAUUUCGAACAACUGAUUCCGGAAAAGAAUAAUAAUCAAUUACGUCAUUUUGAUAAAGUUACUCGUGAUUAUAAAAAUCAUAUUGAGGAAAUUGACAAUAAGCUGGUUUAUAUUAUUGAAUCGAUGUUUGAUGCUCAAUUCUCAAAGUACGAAGUGAAGGCUCCAAUGCCGUCAACUCACGUCCGUCAAGCCGUUUCUCAGAUUAGCAAAUUCUAUCAGGCUAUCAACAGUUUACUUCCCGAAAAGCAUAUAGCACAACUUUUGUUACGAGUUCAUCAAGCUUUCAAACGCCAUAUGAAAAAUGCCUUAGCCAGACUUAGAGUUUCUAAUGACGGUGGUCCUCAACAAGGUCUGGUAACAACCGACUUGGCCUACUACAGUGGGGAGAUACGCAAUUUACGUCCACUGUCACGUGUUGAUCAUAAUAUGGACAGUGUAUGGCCUUCAAAUUCAUAA